AGUUCACGUAUUAUGGGUUGAGUUACGUCUAAUUCUAACCAAUUCUAACUGACACUAACUUGUAAUGGUAGAAUGAAAAUGUGAUCUCAUCUUAUUGUAAAAUUAAACAACUGGCAACAAAUUUUAUCGAAUGAAAUGUUUAACAAUAACCAUCAAUUAAACUAAAGAUUUCAUUGAUUACUAAUUGACAUAACUGUCAAACAAACCCACGUGUUAGGUAGCUUGUGUUUGAGGUUACAUUCUUACGAUGAAAAAUACAGAGAUUGUGGGGUUUGCAAAUCCCGAAGAAAUAAGUGACAAUGAUGAAGAGAAUGAAAUUACAAAUAUCAAAAAGAAAGCAUGUAAGAAGUCAGGAGGGUUUCAAUCCAUGGCUCUUAGUCAUCCUGUCUUAAAGGGAAUAUUGAAACGUGGAUACAAACUACCAACUCCUAUACAAAGGAAGACGAUUCCUUUAGCUUUGGAAGGUCGCGAUGUGGUAGCAAUGGCAAGGACUGGCAGUGGAAAGACUGCUUGUUUUUUAAUUCCUUUGUUUGAAAAACUUAAAGCCAGACAAGCAAAAGCUGGUGCUAGAGCUUUGAUUCUAUCACCUACUCGUGAGCUGGCAUUACAAACGUUAAAGUUUAUAAAAGAAUUAGGAAAAUUCACAGGCUUAAAAGCAUCUGUUAUUUUGGGAGGUGAUAGUAUGGAAAAUCAGUUUAGUGCAAUUCAUGGGAGUCCUGAUAUAUUAGUGGCAACACCAGGCAGAUUUUUGCAUAUUUGUAUUGAGAUGGAUUUACAGUUGAAUAGCAUAGAAUAUGUUGUUUUCGAUGAAGCUGAUAGAUUAUUUGAGAUGGGUUUUGGUGAACAAAUUAAUGAAAUUGCAAACAGACUACCAGAGUCACGACAGACAUUAUUAUUCUCCGCAACGUUACCUAAAGUUUUAGUAGAUUUUGCAAAAGCUGGUUUAUCUGAUCCUGUUUUAUUACGUUUAGAUGUAGAAAGUAAAAUACCAGAAGAAUUAACACUUAAGUUCAUAGUUUGCCGUCCAGAAGAAAAAUUGGCAGUACUGCUAUGUUUAUUAAAAACUGUUAUUAAAAUUGAUUCUCAGACCGUAAUAUUUGCCGCAACACAACACCAUGUUGAAUAUAUUCAUCAGGUAUUAGAUAAAGCAGGAAUUUCUAAUACAUUUAUUUAUUCUAACUUGGAUCCAUCAGCACGAAAAAUAAAUGCGGCCAAAUUUCAAUCCGCUAAAGUUAAAGUUUUAGUCGUAACAGACGUCGCUGCUCGAGGUCUAGAUAUUCCGCAUUUAGACAAUGUGAUCAAUUUUAAUUUUCCCGCAAAAUCGAAACUUUUUGUACAUAGAGUAGGACGUUGCGCACGAGCGGGUCGAACUGGAACUGCUUACAAUAUUAUAUGCCCAGAUGAAUAUGCUUAUCUCGUAGAUUUACAUCUUUUUCUUGGCCGAUCUUUACACAUUGUUCCACCUUCUGGAUCAAUAAUAGAAAAUUCAGAGGGUGCUAUAGGUAAAAUGCCCCAAGCAAUGAUAGAGGAAGAACUUGCAGAAUUAAUAAAUUGGCAAAAUGGCUCCACAGAUCUCCAAAAUAUGGAACAGGUUUGCGAUAACGCAUAUAAACAAUACGUCAGAUCGCGACCAGCAGCUUCCUCCGAAAGUAUUAAAAGAGUGAAGGAAUUACACAUUAGCAAAGCAGGUGUUAUACCGGAAUACUCCGACGUUUCGUCUAAUACUAAGAACUUAUUAUCAAAAAUAAUGAGUUAUAGACCUCAAGGAACGAUAUUCGAAAUCGGAGCGAAAACAUCCUCUAUUGACUAUCAGGUAAUGAAAACAAAACGAUCGUAUCAUAAGGAAAAUAUUACCAAUUUUCGUAGGAAGGCAGAAGAAUUAGAAGCAAAAAAAGUUUUAGAAGAUCUGCCUAGAAGAGCGAAUCUUCCUUCUAGUACGACUGACGAGGUUAAUGCGGCAUUUAACACAAUUAUUCUUCCGAAGAAAAGAAAUAUUGACGAUUUAUAUAAACCUUCUAAAAAGAAAAAACGAUCAUUAGAACAGGACAAAGAGUUUUUCAUUCCAUAUGUUGCCCCGGAUAAACACACAGAAGAUGGUUUAGCCGUUAAUUCUUUCAAUACGGAAGCAGAUAAAGUACAAAUGGAUCUAACUGCCGAUAAUGAAGAAUCCCGGCGUCUUCAAAAGCAGAUUAAAAAAUGGGAUCGGAAAAAGAAGAAAAUGGUUACAAUUAAUAAUGAUCGGAAGGCUAAUAAAAUUCGAACAGAAUCCGGUGUUUGGAUACCUGCUAGUUACAAAACAAAUCGUUAUUCAGAAUGGAAAGAGAAAAGCAAAGUCGACGCCAUGAACGAUAGCGACGAAGAAGAUUCUUCUCAAAUGCAGAAGUUGAACACAACAGCCCACACGCAUUGGGCACGUUACAAUCAAAAGAUUAAGGACAAAAUCAAAGCAAAGAAAGAGUUGAAAACACCGGAGCAAAUUCUAAAGGCGCGCAAGUUAAUGGAACGAAAGCGUAAUAGGAACGGUAGGAAAAGUCGCAAAGGUCAGAAAAAUAGUGGAAAAAGGAAACGAUAGUACAUGAUUUUUUGUAUUGUGUAAAAAUAAAUGUUUUUAAUUCCGCA